AUGAUGGAGAACCAUUCACCCGUCACAUCACCGGAUGGAUCCAGUAAUGGGAACCCACCAGAGAGAUGUCCAAGUCCUCUGUAUUCCUUGGAUUCAAUUCAGGAACGUAGCACUAUCCUGCGCUGUUACCAGUAUAAAAGGUUGAAGCAUAUUACUGAAGUGAAAAAGGAAGCUAAAUCGACGUCUUUAAAGGACGAAAAGCCAUGUAAGGUGGAGGAAGUUCCUAGAAAGAUCAGCCCAGACACCGGAGACACGAGAGAGACUCUGAGAAGCAUCAAAGCUAAGGAGGAGGAAGAAGUAAAGGUGAAGAUUAGAAAUGAAGGAAUUCAUCCAGGAAUCAGCACAGACACCGGAAACACCAGAGAGACUCCGAGAAGUAUCCAAGCUGACAAUGAAGAAAGACGUUUGAAGGCUAAAAGGAAAAUUUUAGAGAUUGGCAUGGAUGGACGAUACAGAUGGUACAACACCGAAAAAUAUCCAGACAGUGAAAUUGUAGAUGAUGACAUCACAGCCUACGUGGCAAAAGAAAAGGCCAUGGCGCCAAAUCUUCAGGCAGUAGGCUACAAAGUGGAGAAGCCGUAUUCAUGUCCCGACUGCGGGAAACGCUUUACUCAUGAAAAGUAUCUCAUCAUACACUACAGGAGUCACUCGGGGGAGAAGCCGUUUUUUUGCGCUGAAUGCGGGAAGAGUUUUCCGUACAGAUCCAGCCUUGACAAACAUAAGAUAACUCACACAGCGGUGGGCGCCUUUCCUUGCCCGGAGUGUGGAAAACGUUUUCGCGCCGGAUGGAUUUUAGCUGCACAUCAGCGAGUUCAUUCAAGUGAAAAUGUACAUAGAUGA